AUUAAUCUUAUUUGCGUUGUGAUUAUAUUAUUUAAAUUAUUAAGUAAAUUUUGUAUUCAUUCUCAUUUAAGUCGCCACAUUAAUAUAAUAAUGUAACGUGUUCUGUAAAAAUCACAAAACAACAAAUGCAAUUAUUUUUUCAAUUACUUGUGUUUUUCAUUUGAGUUGCUGUUUAAAACCAAAUUACUCUGUUUAAAACCGUAGUAACGAUGUCAACAUCGGUCACCAAGGAAGGAUAUUCCUCCAUGAAUAUAUCCUCUGGAACAGCGGAAAUGGGAAUUUGUGCUUGGAUAUUGACUAUAUUAUCUUUUCUUAUUGUGUUAUGCACUUUACCAUUUUCUCUUAUCUUCUGUCUAAAGAUUGUGCAAGAAUAUGAAAGAGCAGUUAUUUUUCGUGUUGGUCGCCUGUUAAAAGGUGGUGCAAAAGGUCCAGGAAUUUUCUUUAUUCUUCCAUGUGUUGAUAAUUAUACAAAGAUUGAUUUGCGUGUCAUUUCUUUCGAUGUGCCUCCCCAAGAAAUUUUAACUCGAGACAGUGUAACUGUUUCUGUUGAUGCUGUUACAUACUUUCGUAUUUCCUGUCCGAUUGCAUCUGUUUGCAAUGUAGAGGAUGCUGGUCGCUCAACUAAGUUACUUGCUCAAACAACUCUUCGCAAUGAACUUGGAACAAAAAAUUUAUCUGAAGUGCUUAUGGAGAGGGAAAACAUUAGUAAAAAUUUGCAACACAUACUUGAUCAAGCAACAGAGCCAUGGGGUGUUAAAGUAGAAAGAGUUGAAAUUAAAGAUGUUCGUCUUCCACAAAUGUUACAGAGAGCUAUGGCUGCAGAGGCAGAGGCUUCGAGAGAAGCACGGGCUAAAGUUAUUGCUGCAGAAGGUGAGAUGAACGCAGCUCGUGCUUUGAAAGAAGCUUCCGAUGUAAUUAGUGAGUCACCAAGUGCUCUUCAACUUCGAUAUUUACAAACACUUCAAGCAAUAUCUGCUGAGAAGAACUCUACAAUUAUUUUUCCGUUUCCUAUUGAGUUUAUGAGUGCAUUUUCACAUAGUUCCUAGUAUGUAUAUAUAUAUAUAUAUAUAUAUAUAUAUAUAUAUAUAUAUAUAUAUAUAUAUAUAUAUAUAUAUAUAUAUAUAUAUAUAUAUAUAUA